UUUUUUUUUUUUAAAUCUCUCUAUCCAUUUGUCAUCCUGUAACGUUUUCUUUUUAUUGGAUAAAGAAAGAGAAAUUACACAUGGCGGAUAAACAAGCAAAGGAAAAAAAACCAAAGUCUGGUAUUGUUGUUGGUUUAAAUAAAGGUCACAAAGUAUCCGCUCGUGAGGCAAGACCAAAGCCUUCUCGAAGAAAAGGAGUCCUUUCUCAUCGAGUCAAGUUUGUUCGUGAGCUAAUCCGCGAAGUUGCUGGAUAUGCACCUUAUGAGAAACGUGUAAUGGAAUUGUUAAAGAAUUCCAAAGAUAAGCGUGCAAGAAAAUUAGCAAAGAAGAGACUUGGUACCUUUGUUAGAGCAAAGAGAAAAGUUGAAGAACUUAGCAACAUCAUUGCUGAAUCACGUCGUGCUCAUUAAAUUUGAAAAAAAAACAAUAAUGUAGAUAAUUAUCUUUUUGGAUAAUUGAUAUUAUAAAAUGAAUAUAAUAUAUUAUUUGCUCAUUGAAAUAAAAUAAAAUAUCAAAAUUUUAAUUUUUCACUGCCUAUGAAAUAUGAUGUGUAUUAUUA